UUCUCGCACUUCCCGUUGGCCUUGCGGGAUUGUAAACAACGUGUGAUCGUAGUUCCACCAAGGGCCGAAUCAGCCAAGUUCUUCGAGAACAGAUACAGGUCAAUGAUCUGUAAGCUUCGACAAAGCACUUUUGUGAGAACAAGCGCCGUUUUACAACGAUUACAGCUGAAUCACAACGAAGACACGAGUGGGAGACAUUAGCUGGAGACGAGUGAUAAGACAGCUAGCGUUAGCUGGCAGUCGCUUGUACAGUCUUCGUCGCCCCUCAUCAGGGCCCAGCCUAAUUCAGGAUGGUGUAUGUGGGGACGCGGCUGGGCGUUUUGGUCCUAGUCUUAUUUUGCACUAUGGUGCCGUCUCCUGGUCAGGCAUACAUAUAUGCGCAUCACAGUAACAUGACCUCCAUGCUGUUUGAAGAUCUGCCCGCUCUCUUUGGCCCUCCUCUGCCAAAAGAUGGACUCAUGGGUGUGCUGAUUGAAGCUCGUCCUCAAAACGCCUGCACGCCUAUAGAUCCUCCGCCAGUUUCUCCCACACCCUCCGAUCCCAACAGCACUACAAAAUACAUUGUCCUCAUUCGACGCUACGACUGUAACUUUGAUAUCAAGGUGUUCCAUGCGCAGCAGGCCGGUUUCAGUGCAGCCAUAGUUCACAACAUGUACUCUAAUUCACUUCUCAGCAUGGGAUACAGCAAUGACACCAUUGCGGAGGGGAUCGAGAUUCCUUCUGUGUUCACAAGCUAUUAUGCCUCUCAGAUACUGCGCAGCUUCAUCAUACCAGAGAAAGGGGCUUACGUGAUUCUGAAGCCCGAGUUCUCCUUCCCUCUGUCCUACUAUCUCAUCCCCUUCACUGGAGUUGUCGGCAUGAUCAUCAUUAUCAUGGUCAUCAUACUGAUUGUGCGGUGCGUGCAGCACAGGAAGAGACUUCGGAAAAACAGGCUUUCCAAAGAACAGCUGAAGAAAAUCCCCACUCACAAGUUUGUUAAAGGUGAUAGUUAUGAUGUGUGUGCGAUCUGCCUUGAUGAAUAUGAAGAGGGAGAUAAACUGAGAGUGCUGCCGUGUUCACAUGCUUACCACUGCAAGUGCGUGGACCCCUGGCUCACCCAAACGAAGAAAACCUGCCCCGUGUGCAAGCAACGCGUGACCCGUCCCAACCCGGAAUACUCCGAGUCUUCAGAUUCCGACGGAGAGUCGGGGCCGCACGAGGCUGACGAGGAAGAGGAAGGAGCAACCAGCGAGGCCGAUUCCGAACGCACGCCUCUCCUUCGGCCCUCCAACCCGGCGUCCCCCGCCUCCUCCAGCCCGCCGCCCACCUACGCUUCCACAGUAACGUCGGAGGCAGCCGCCACUACGGUAACGACCUCCGCGCAGUGCUUGCCGCACACGCCGCAGCCCGAUGUGCCCCUGCUGGGAUACGAUGAGUACUACUCGCCCAUAGAGGACUCGGAUGAAGGUACUGAUGACGAGGAGGGUCACCCCUCGGAUAGCGACACCACAGAGCUUAUCGGACGGGGCGCUGUACGAGUCUGAGGCUGUUAUCGGGUGUGUUUUCUCUGUUGUGUAUCGCAGAGCUCGUAUUUACACCCUUUAUUUUGUCGCUGAGAUAUGCAUCCGUCUCGUGUUUUUUAACUAGCUAGUGCGAUCAACACUACACGGCGUAUGUGCAACAGAUCAAACAGAGUUUCUGACAUCAACAUAGAUUGGUGACAAAAUCUUUUUUCCCCUAAAACUUGGUCCGUGUCCAAAAAGGACUUAAAAGUAACUUUUUAAGUGAAUGCAACGGUUUCUUAACAAAAUAGUCCAUCCGUAAGUAAAUGUUUUAAAAGAGAUCAUUUACUCACCCUUAAGUCAUUGUGAAUCAAUAAGAAUUUCUUUUGUCUGUAAAACACAAAAGGAUCUUUUUUGUGAUGUUUUGCAAUAGCCCACAUGACAACACUGCAGACUUUCUAGUAAUGAGCUGAUUUGUUUUGCUUGAUUAGGGAGACUUGCAAAAUGCUGUUAUAUAACAACAACAACAACAACAACAAAACUCUCAAACCUGAAUGUAUGAAACAUAAAUACAUGGAAGUGCAAAUGAGAUACAGUGCAUAUAAGUGAAUGAUGACUUGUGGUCAUAAAGUGGUGGUUCACACAAAAAUGAAAAAUCUGUGUUUAAUUACUCACCCUCGUGUUGUUUCAAACCCAUAAAGCUUAGGAAGGAAGACCAUUUUUGCAUCAUUGAAAGUGAAUGCAAGCAACAAUUUAAUGCAUUAAAAACAUGAAAAAUGCAUGAUAAAAGUAAGGUCAAACUUUAUGAAAAAGUUCAUAUAGAGGCCUAUGAUAAUCAGGUGGUUUAAUCCAAGUCAUCUGAAGAAUCGCUUUAUAUGAUGAACAGAUUUAACACAGGCUUUUAUUUACAUAUCAAGAUCAACUAACAUACAUGGAGAACACCAAAAUGUGGUAAACUCAGCUGUACUUGUGUGAUGCAUAUGAACAAACCUCACUGAUUUUUACGUCAAUGCAAAUGCAUUUGAGCUGCCAUUUACCAUAUUUUGAUGUAGGUGCAUGUGUUAAUGUUUAUAUGUGAAUAAAAGCCUAAAUUCAGUCUGUUGUGUCUCUUCAGAAGACUUGGGUUAAGCUGAUGGAUUUUUUUCCAUGACUUUCAGUGGAUGAGCAGAAAUCUGUCAGGUUUCAUUAAAAAUAUUGUCACUUGUGUUUAAAAAUGUGAUCAGUCUUAUGGGUUUGAAACAACAUGAGGGUGAGUAAAUGAUGAUGGAAUUUUCAUUUUUGGGUGAACUGUCCCUUUAAAUUCUGCUUUGUUUAUCGCACAAAGCUGUCACGUGACUUCACAACAUAUAGCACAUGAGUCAUAUGGAGUAAUGUAAGGGUGAUAUUCUGCUAAAUUUCACUAAAACAAAAUCAAAACGAGGGUGAGUAAAUAGUGACAGAAUUCUUAAAAUUGUGGGUGAACUAUUUGUUUAAGUUGGUGGAUCUUGGCUGGUCACCAUUAAUGUGCAAUACGGACGGGUUGCCAGUUUGUAAAUGAACACUUUUUAUUUUAUUUAUAAUCCAGAGGCCACACAGAAAUCUUUGGAGACUUCUGAAUUAGCGUCUUUGAUUUGACUUGUUUUAUGUUAUUUUUAGUAAACGCCUGCAUUAAUCGACCUGUUUAGGUGAUCAGAUAUUACCAUUCCUGUCGGAUUCACAUUUAGAGCCUGGUGAUUUAAAAUUUGCUUGGGUUAUUACAACAGCGCACAUCCUUUAUAAUCUGUCGUUUAUUUUUAAAGACAUAAACUGACUUUCUGAAGCCGUUUCUUGCAGAUCUACAUCAUAUAAUGGCAUUAUUCUCUCUCAUACUCAUAUACAAAGGUUGCAGUUUAAAGUUUAUUAUCGUUAUUGAUGCAAGCUGUAAAGCUGAAUGGACUUAUUCUUUGUUUAAUAUAGACAUUUACCAUUUAAAUGCUAGCUGCUGUUUCAAAUUCAAAUCAAAAUGAGCAAAGCUGACAGUGUAUAGACUUAAUGGCAGUGUUUAUAGCCUUUUACUGUCCUGUUAGAUGACAUCUUUCAUCUCGAAUCAGUAGGAAACUGUGUCGUCUGUACUAAAUAAACCUGUGCCUCUUUCACAUUUUCAUUUGUAAAUGUAACGUUGGCCAUCUCUUCCUUUAAAUCAUUAAUCAGUCAAAUGAAUGUCAUGUGUCUGGUUUUCUUUCGCUAGUUUCAUUGUGGUUGUAGUUUCAGUUCAAGGUUCAAACCCAGUCUUUGCCAUCAUUGACACAGAGAUUAUAAAGUGAAAGCGCAUUCAGAUAUGUAAAUGUAAAACAAAUAACACUGUAAAGAAUCACAGGGUUGGCACCUGUGGUGCCCUGAGACUGGGACCAAAAGCUUGUAUUUUUAUUAUUAUUAUUCUGACUUAGUAUAUCAUUUUAGAUGAGUGUCUGUUUUACUGCGCGCCGCGUACUGAAGAUUUCUGUAGGACUGUACUAGGGCUUCGUAUUUCCAGAAUCUCAUAUUAUUAACUUUGUUGAAAGGUUUAACAAAUGCAAUUUAAUUCAGUUAAAAUUCUAUAUUGUUUCUAUAUAGAAUUUCAGUUAUUCUGCCGUAUAUAGUGAAGCUGUGAAUGUGCUAGAUUUUGCGCUCCAUACACAUCUGUUCAAACACAAGCGAAAUGCGUAAAGCGUGAGUGAAUGUGAGCCGUCGGAAAUCCAAGCGCACACAUUAUUAGGAUUAACCCCUUGAGAUGUAGCAUCUCGUUUUUGAGGGGGUCUCAGAACACAAUGUAUCACGACUGACACGAGGAACAAAGAAAUAGGUCUGAACAAAAUGCCUAACUUGACAAAAUAUUGUUGUAAAUAACUAGGAUAAUUAAAAUAAAUACAUUUGAAAAGAAAUUAAAGCCAAUGAAUAUGUGGUCUUGUAUGCAAAGAUGGCCACUGGACUGCAUCAUACAUUAUACAAUGAUGGGCAUAAAAAGAACAUCCAAAAACAAAUCUGCAAAGUCUAUUAUAUACUGUGUUAAAUCAAGCAAGAUCUAUUUUUGAUGCAGAUUGAUAAACAACAUCACAAUAAUCAAAGACUGGAAGUAUAAGUGGAGAAGCAAGUUUUUUACGAACACUGUAUGAAAAACACUAUGUGUUUCACUAGUAUGGAGGAUGUAAACGUCACAGAUUGAUCUCUUGAUCUCUUCAGAGAAGACACAAAUGUAAGGUAACUACAGGCAAAACUGUUGUUUUUCCCCCACCCACUGGUCAGUUUUGGGACUAUUUUGUUUCCAUAGCAUGUUUUCUUUCAGGCUAAUGGAAAGGAAUACACAUUUAAGUGUUUACCUUUUUUGUGCUUAUACACUUUAUCUAUUUGUGUCUGUAGAAUUUAAUUACAGUAAACCUCUUUAAAGGUCAUUUUCUCAGAAUGAGUUUUCUCUCAUGUAAGAAAUCAGCAGCACUUACACCACAC